CCCACAGUAAGGAAAAUGGGAAAGGUGCUAUCUUCGAUAAAACAUCCCUUCAGAAAUUUCAAUUUAGAAAGUAGAGCCCAUAAAGUAAUAUCUCAACCGAAACCAAAACCGGCACCCAAACAUACCAGAGAUCAAAUCGAGAUCGAGCGACUUAUUAAGGAAUAUUCAGACGUAUAUCACGCGAGUCUCAAGAAAAAUGCACUUUUGGAUGAGCGACUAAAGGACGUUUUCGUUGUGGCGGAUGAUCCCCCUCCAAUAAUUCAGCCACAAAAUCCUAGCAGGCCGUUGCCGUCUGACAGAUCCCCCUCUGAGCCUAAUUUGUUUGGAAUAAAGGAGCCUGACAUUAUCCCAAAAGGAAAAACUACUUUGCGGAAUGCCCUGCAGUUCUUAGGUAAACAUCAGGGGGACCCUAACAAUUAUACAGCAGAACGCAUUGCGAACGAUUAUUGUUUACCUGAACAUGUUGUCAAAAAUUUGUUGAUGUACUACAGAGUGUUUGAAUUAUAUGUGCCAGAACAGCUCAAGGGCAAUGCAAAAUUUGCCAAAGCUAGUAUUCCCAAAGUUUAUAUUAUUCAUGACAUCAAGAAGCUGCCUUCCGGGAAUCUCAAAAAGGACGAAACCUGACAUUGAUGCUGAACGAGGUAAUCAAAUUUUUAAAUGAGUUUUACAAAGUGUAGAGUAUUUAUUGUAAACAAUGACGCUAAUAAAGUAUAGACAGUAUACCGUUUAGAAAUA